AUUGCAAAGUUCUCAAUAAAUUUGGUUAAAAAUAUUACCAGAGACUUUUGCAAAGUGUCCAAAUAAAGUUAAUUACAAGAAACGCUUUGUGUUAAGGAGUUGUCACUACGAAUUAUGAGUUCCGAGAAAACCAAAGCCUCGCAAAUCUCCAUUAACAGUCAAAUGGAAAAUUGGGACGACGAUGAGUACACCAACUUUGUUUCGCCAGAGAAACCUUCCCAUCUUGUAGAGCCGGAAGGCUUUGUCUACAAGGUCCUCUCCGUGGGUCAGCUUGAGGUGCUUCAGAGGGAUAUUAUUGAUAAUGUGAAAAAUGUCCUGGAUCUAUCGCAGCAGAUCACCCGGACCAUAUUGAAUCACUUCAAGUGGGACAAGGAGCGUCUCUUAGAGAAUUACUUUGAGAGCAGUCCGCAGGAGUUCUUCCGGCUUACCCAUGUCCUGAAUCCCUUCGAACAGGAGAGACCAAAUCGUACGGAACCAUCUAAUCCAUCCUUGGAUAAUACAUCUUGCAUAAUAUGCUACGGUUCCGGAAAAAAACUUAUGGGUUUGGGUUGUGGUCACAACUCCUGCGCCGCCUGUUGGAAACAGUACUUGGCCAAUAAGACUUACAGCGAGGGACAGGCCCAAACGAUCAGAUGUCCUGGCGUCGACUGUGGCAUCCUUGUCGACUAUGCUUCCUUCCUGAUGCUCGCCGAUGACCCGAAGGUCGUACAGCGUUACAAACAGAUGAUUACCAACUUCUUCGUGGAGUGCAACCCACUGAUGCGCUGGUGUCCCGCUCCCAAUUGCACCCAUGCCAUCGAGGCCAAUUACAUGGAGCCCAAGGCCGUGGAGUGCAAGUGUGGCCAUCAGUUUUGCUUUGGCUGUGGUGAAAACUGGCACGAGCCCGCCAGCUGUGGUUACCUGAAGAAGUGGCUACAUAUUAGGGUCGAGGAUUUGGAAACCUCCACAUGGAUCAAUCAGAACACGAAGGCGUGCCCCAACUGCCAGGUGGCUAUUCAGAAGGACGGUGGUUGCGAUCACAUGAUCUGCCAGAAUUUUUCCUGCUACUACGAAUUCUGUUGGAUGUGCUUGCAAUCUUGGAAGGCCCAUUAUUCGAAUUGCAAACUAUUCGAGGAGAAGGAGGACAAUCGGGCGCAUGUGGCCCUGCAGGUAUCUAGGGACUUGCGUGAUCGAUACUCCCACUAUAAAGUUCGCUACAUGAACCAAAUGAAGAGCAUGGAAAUGGAUCAGAUGUUGUACCCCAAUGUUCAGGCCAAAGUGGAUAGCAUCCAGAUGGAGAUUAGCUCGAUUGAGCUAAAGUUUCUGCGCAACGGCAUCGAUGUCCUCAGCCAGUGUCGCUCCACCCUGAUGUACAGCUACGUUUUUGCCUUCUACCUAAAGAAAAACAACCAGAAGAUAAUUUUCGAAGACAAUCUGAAGGACUUGGAGAUUGCCACAGAGAAAAUAUCCGAUUUCUUGGGAAAGACGAUCAGAGGUAACAAUCUGUACGAUAUCAAGAAAAGAAUCAUCGAACUAUCCCAAUAUUGCCAGCAGCGUCGAAAUGUCCUUCUCAGUCACGUGCGUGAGGGCACCGAGGAGGAGUGGUGGGAUUACAUAAAAGAGACACCCCUGUAAUCCUUUGCUCAUAAUCCUUUGCUCUUGUUCCAGACAUAAAUUUGUAUGAGAAUCUAAAUAUAAAAUAGUUACUGCUUCUCUCUUUUGAA